AUGACAAGAACGAAUUUAUUCACAUUUGGUGUCCUCAAGAUUAUAUUCUAUAUUGGGUUAUUAUGUGGAUGUAUAUUGAAUGAAACAGUAACAGAUAAAACAAUUUACAAUUAUGAAAUACCAAUCAAAUCAAGAGUAUCUCAUCGACAGAAGCAGUUGCUAAAGUCAAUCCAUUUGCCAGAGAUUAGUUUUGAAGUUUAUGGAGAAUUUCCAACAAUUAAGCACUUUGAUUUAUUUGAAGAUGAGAUAACUUCCAAAUAUAAAAAAAUGUCACGAUUUGUAAAUUUACGAGAAAAGCGUGACUUACAAAACUCAGAGGAAACUUUUUUAAGUGAUAAACAUUCAGUUUUGAUUAAAAGUAGAAUUCAUUCUCCAUUGAAGAAUUGGGAUGAUAAAUUAACUGAUCCACAAUCUAAAAUAUACAAACUGUUAUCAACUAGUUAUUGUGAAUUUUUACUACAAAGUUUUCGGCAUGCGAAUACAAGUCAAUUUAAACAACCAAAAUGUACGUUUAUAGAAUUCACAAAAGGUUCUAUUAUACUCAACGCAAUACUAACAUUUAACGAAGCGAAUUAUUCACUAUUAUCUUCACAAGAUCUAUCAAAUUUAUUGAUAAAAGGCAGUGAAGAAUUAAUCAAUUCCAUAAUUAAUGAUAAAAAUUUUUCUCUAGGAUUUAAUUUUAAUGGAGAUUUUUCACUCAGAUUGACUGAGAUAAAGGAAGAAAGUACUGUAUUACUUCCAACAUCACAACCGCUAUCAUCAUCAUCAUCAUCAUCAUCACCACUUUCGAUCACGACGAUGACGACAACAAUAACGAUGGCUGACGCAAAUGAAAUGUACUCAUACAUGAGGAGUUCUAUGGAUGAAAUUCAAUCAAGUGUGAAUUUUAGCAGUGAUUUUAUGGAUACAGAACAAUCAUUGGCAUCAACAAUAUCUUAUGGUGAAACCAUAGAUACAACAACAUAUAGUGUAGCCUUGAAUUUUACAAUUCAAGGAACUAAUAGUUCACUAACAUGGGAUGAUGAUCUACUGAACACCACUUCAACCACUUAUCAAGAACUAUCUCGAAAUGUUUGUGAACUACUUUUAGCAGCUAUGAGAUCAAUUUUGUCAUCUCUAUGGAUUGUUGAAUGUGGUACCAUAAAAUUCAGAAAAGGGUCCAUUGACGUUGAUGCUGAGCUUAUUUUAAUAGCGAAUUCAUCAUCAUUUGUUACAACACUUGAACCUACAUCAACUGUGUUAAAUGAUACUAAUAUAAUCAAAGGAAUAAAUGAGUAUGUUUCAACUGUGGAUCAAAAUAAUACAUUUGGAAUUUACAUUGAUCCAAAUUCAAGUAUCUCAUUAUCAUUGAUAACGAUAAGUAUGGAAUCAACAAUACCGUAUGACGAUCAGGUUAUAUCUGAUGUCAUAUCAUCUGAAACAUCUUCGUCCUCAGAUUUCCCAGUUAGUGUGUAUUCAACAAGUACAGGCGAUGUUUCUCCAUAUGAUUCAGUCUCAUCAAUGCUGACUAGAUUGAACAAGUCUUUGGAGUGGAAUGACAGUUUAUUGGAUCCUAGUUCCGAUUUAUAUCGAAAUUAUUCAGCUGAAAUUUGUAAUUUGCUUUUGGACAGCAUAUAUUCAACUUAUAUUGAGGGAAUAAUCAAUGUUAAUUGCACAGUUGUUGGCUUCUCGCGUGGAUCAGUUGUUGGAAAUGCAGUAUUAGUCAUCGACCAUAGUAGCACAAGUGGGAAUUUCUCAUCGACUGAAGUGACAAAAGACACUGUUCGAAAUGCUGUUGUGGCAUACAUAGCAGAAAUGGUUGCCAAUGGGUCGGAGCAAGUGUACUUCGAUACAUCAAGUGGCUUGACAGUAGAAACUGUAAUCCAUGUGGCAACCACUGAGGUGAUCACUGAAUCUCAGAAUACCGAGGAUAACAAGACUACGGUCUCAUCAAUGCUGACUAGAUUGAACAAGUCUUUGGAGUGGAAUGACAGUUUAUUGGAUCCUAGUUCCGAUUUAUAUCGAAAUUAUUCAGCUGAAAUUUGUAAUUUGCUUUUGGACAGCAUAUAUUCAACUUAUAUUGAGGGAAUAAUCAAUGUUAAUUGCACAGUUGUUGGCUUCUCGCGUGGAUCAGUUGUUGGAAAUGCAGUAUUAGUCAUCGACCAUAGUAACACAAGUGGGAAUUUCUCAUCGACUGAAGUGACAAAAGACAUUGUUCGAAAUGCUGUUGUGGCAUACAUAGCAGAAAUGGUUGCCAAUGGGUCGGAGCAAGUGUACUUCGAUACAUCAAGUGGCUUGACAGUAGAAACUGUAAUCCAUGUGGCAACCACUGAGGUGAUCACUGAAUCUCAGAAUACCGAGGAUAACAAGACUACGGUCUCAUCAAUGCUGACUAGAUUGAACAAGUCUUUGGAGUGGAAUGACAGUUUAUUGGAUCCUAGUUCCGAUUUAUAUCGAAAUUAUUCAGCUGAAAUUUGUAAUUUGCUUUUGGACAGCAUAUAUUCAACUUAUAUUGAGGGAAUAAUCAAUGUUAAUUGCACAGUUGUUGGCUUCUCGCGUGGAUCAGUUGUUGGAAAUGCAGUAUUAGUCAUCGACCACAGUAACACAAGUGGGAAUUUCUCAUCGACUGAAGUGACAAAAGACACUGUUCGAAAUGCUGUUGUGGCAUACAUAGCAGAAAUGGUUGCCAAUGGGUCGGAGCAAGUGUACUUCGAUACAUCAAGUGGCUUGACAGUAGAAACUGUAAUCCAUGUGGCAACCACUGAGGUGAUCACUGAAUCUCAGAAUACCGAGGAUAACAAGACUACGGCUGAGACCACUACUGGCACGAUCGAAGUGACGACGGAGACCGAGAUUACGGAGACCGACACUACGGGAACUGAGGUUAUGUUGACGGAGAGUACAACAGCUGAGACCACUACUGGCACGAACGAAGUGACGACGGAGACCGAGAUUACGGAGACCGACACUACGGGAACUGAGGUUAUGUUGACGGAGAGUACAACAGAAGGCAACCUCACGAAAACAGUAGUAAUCGCAGUCUCAUCAAUGCUGACUAGAUUGAACAAGUCUUUGGAGUGGAAUGACAGUUUAUUGGAUCCUAGUUCCGAUUUAUAUCGAAAUUAUUCAGCUGAAAUUUGUAAUUUGCUUUUGGACAGCAUAUAUUCAACUUAUAUUGAGGGAAUAAUCAAUGUUAAUUGCACAGUUGUUGGCUUCUCGCGUGGAUCAGUUGUUGGAAAUGCAGUAUUAGUCAUCGACCAUAGUAACACAAGUGGGAAUUUCUCAUCGACUGAAGUGACAAAAGACACUGUUCGAAAUGCUGUUGUGGCAUACAUAGCAGAAAUGGUUGCCAAUGGGUCGGAGCAAGUGUACUUCGAUACAUCAAGUGGCUUGACAGUAGAAAAGACAACUGAAUUAAGCAAAACGACUUUCAGUACGAAAAAUAUACUAGAACUAUCAAUGACAGUGGAGGUUUUAAUAGGAAAUCAACAAACAAAUUGGAAUUCCGAACUGUCUAACAAAUUUUCUGAACUUUACAACAGUACUGCUGAAAACACCUGUGCUUCGAUAAAAGCCAGCCCUCGAUAUAUUACAUCAAUACAAUACACCGUACGUACUUGUACUGUUCUUCGUUUUUAUCCGGGAUCUGUGAAAUCUGAUGUACAGAUAAUUGUAGAAUACAUAAAUGACCUCAAUGUGACUCAAACACAAAUUCUGCAAGCAAUUCAGUUGGGUUCGCAAUUAUAUGUAAUAGAUCUGUUAAAAAAUCAGUCAAUCGAUUCCAAUCGUAUAAUAUCACUUAAGUUAAUUAUGCAAAAAGAAACUUGUAGUACGAUCGCAUCAAAAUGUUCACCACAUGCUCAAUGCAUCGAGAGGUCUGACGGUGCCGUUUGUGUAUGUAAUCCAAUGUGGAUAGAUUUAAACAUGCAACAGCCCGGAGAACAGUGUAUAAUAAGUCCAACUGUAAUAGCGCUAAUUGUUAUUGGAACAAUCCUAAUCAUAAUAAUAUUUGCCGCAGGAAUAUACUUUGCUCUUCGUACAGGCAGGAAUGGUCAACGUUUUAUACAUUCAUUUGCUUAGCAAAUAAAUAUAAUUUAAUAAUACUCAUUAUACAUAGAUCCGAAAAGAA